AUGACCCUUCCGUCUGGUCAUUCACUCAUUGCUAAAUUAAAUGCUCUCCUAACUGAAGUGCUUAUCACACAUUCAUCAUUCUUUUUUUAUGUAUUUAUUGUUGCCGUUCUUUCUUUCUUUCUUUCUUUCUUUCUUUCUUUCUUUCUAUCUUUCAUUCUUUCUUACUUUCGUUCUUACUUUCUUUCUUACUUUUUUCUUUCCUUCUUUCUUUAUUUCUUACUUUCUUUUUUAUUUCUUCGUUUCUUUCUUUCUUUCUUUCUUACUUUUUUCUUUCUUUCUUUCAUUGUUUAUUUUUGUUGCACUUCUGUUUAUUUUUCAUCCUUUUUCCUCUCCAUUUCUUAUGCUCUCUUUUCUUGUUUUUUUCUUUUCAUCAUCCUUUUUACAGUUACUUCCACCUUUCCUCCAUAUUUUUCUUUAUUCUUCUUCUUCUUCACAAUACGUUUUGAUUCUUCUUCGACUUUUUCUUCAUAA